AUGACAAGUACACUGUCCUCAACAUCAUUCAGUGCAUGGGACUACGUGGUCUUUACUUUGAUGUUGGUCAUCUCAGCAGGUAUUGGGCUGUACUUUGCCUUCACUGGAGGAGGUCAGAGAAGCUCUGCAGAUUUUCUGGUGGGUGGACGGAGUAUGACAGCAGUACCUGUGGCUUUGUCCCUGACGGCCAGCUUCAUGUCAGCUAUCACAGUUCUGGGCACCCCGGUGGAGGUGUAUCAGUAUGGAGCCAUCUUCAUGCUCAUCUGCUUUGCUUAUGUACUGAUGGUGGUUGUUAGCUCUGAGAUUUUUCUUCCAAUCUUUUAUAGACUGGGGAUAACCAGCACCUAUGAGUACCUGGAGAUGCGUUUCAAUAAAGUAAUUCGACUCUUUGGAACAGUUUUGUUUAUAAUACAGACAGUACUUUACACAGGUCUGGUCAUUUAUGCUCCGGCUUUGGCUUUAAAUCAAGUCACAGGUGUAGAUCUCUGGGGUGCUGUUAUAUCAACUGGAGUUGUCUGUACCCUCUAUUGUACAUUAGGUGGACUUAAGGCAGUGGUGUGGACCGAUGUAUUCCAGGUGGGAAUCAUAUUGGCUGGACUCUUGGCCGUCAUCAUCCAAUCGGUGCAGCUUCAGGGAGGAAUCUCCAUAAUCAUCAAUGACUCCACCCACGGAGGCCGCUUUGAUCCCAGCCCUCUGAGGAGACACACGUUUUGGACCAUCACGGUGGGAGGAACGUUCCUCUGGACCAGCGUCUAUGGCAUUAACCAAGCUCAGGUGCAGAGAUACAUAUCAUGCAAGACACUGUUUCAUGCCCAGAUGGCCUUAUACAUUAACUUACUGUCACUUGUGGCUAUUACAGUAUGUGCUGUAUUUAGUGGCUUGUGUUUAUACUCAGUUUAUAAAAACUGUGACCCAUGGAUGGCAAAUAUGGUGUCUGCUCAAGACCAGCUAAUGCCAUACCUGGUGUUAGAUAUCCUGAAGAAAUACCCUGGUGUGCCAGGACUGUUUGUGGCAUCAGCAUACAGUGGCACCUUAAGUACGGUCUCCUCCAGUGUAAACGCUUUGGCUGCGGUAACUAUAGCCGAUUUGAUGCAACCAUAUCUCUGUCUGUCAGAUAAACAGCUCUCUUGGGCUUCAAAGGCCAUGAGCUUGUUUUAUGGAGUCGUGUGCAUUGCAAUGGCUGGUCUUGCAUCGUUGAUGGGCGGGAUGCUACAGGCUGCUAUUAGUAUUGUUGGAGUGAUUGGCGGUCCUCUCCUGGGCCUUUUUUCUCUGGCUGUGCUGUUUCCCUGUGCUAACUCAAAGGGAGGAUUAGCCGGGCUUGUAUCUGGGCUCGCUCUGUCUCUAUGGGUGUGCAUUGGAGCACAAAUUUACGACCCUUUACCAGAGUACAGCAAACCACUGGAUCUCUCAACACAUGGCUGUAACCUUACAAACCUGUUAGAUGGCUUAAACUGGACUACCAACCCUACAGAGAAAACCACAGAUUACACUCUACUAAAAGAGGAAAAUCUAGACAGGUGA